AUGGAGAACCAGAGCAGAGGCAAGGGGGACACGCCGAAGGAGGAGAAGCGCAAAGAGAAGAAGCCGAAAUCUGGCAAGCUCUUCCGAAGGAAGUCGCUGAAGUCUGUGGGGAGUUUAAUGAACAGAAUCAUCAAAACGCUGGGCACUUUGACCCACUUUGGAGACGCGGACGCGCGGGACGCGGAGGACGACGACGGGGGGUUUCGGAACGGCGCACCAUGCACCCUCAGCGCGGGCUCGGGGAUCCUCAGGGACGACGCACACUCGACUCGGGAUCGCGCGGCGAAGGACACCUCGAGCACGUCUUCCUCCCUGUGCGUCGGCAGAGACAAACUGCUUCACCAGUUCGCAGACAAAGUCCCAGGCGUCCUGGGGCUGAAGAACCACGGGAACACCUGUUUCAUGAACGCCGCGGUCCAGUGUUUGAGCAACACGGACCUGCUCGCGGAGUACCUGGCGCUGGAGCGGUACAAGCUGGACCUGAGCCAGACCCGGAGGAACGGGCUGGUGAAAAGUGACCUCGCCAAGGGAGAAGUCACGGAGCAGUUGGCCUCGCUGGUCAGGGCUCUGUGGACCCUGGAGUACACCCCGCAGCUGUCUGUGGACUUCAAGACUAUAGUGUCCAAGUACGGGUCGCAGUUUCGCGGUAACUCCCAACACGACGCCCUGGAGUUCCUCCUGUGGCUGCUGGACCGCGUCCACGAAGACGUCAAUCUGGCCUCGCACAACAACAACAACAAGACCAAAGCUCCCGGAAAGGGCCCCGGUGGAGCUGAGGAGGUGACGUCUCCUGACCUGUCCCAGUCCCAGCAGCACAGCUUUGUCCAGGAACAUUUCCAGGCACAGUACAAAUCUUCACUGACAUGCCCUCACUGUAUGAAGCAGAGCAACACCUUUGACCCGUUCCUCUGCAUCUCACUCCCAAUUCCUCUUCCCCAGACCAGGUCGCUGUUUGUGAUUCUGGUGUUCAGCACCAAAGGACAGAGGUACCUGCGGGUCGGGCUGGCUGUGCCUCUGUUCGGCUCUGUGGCCUGCCUGAGGAGGAUGGUGGCUGACGAGGGGAAACUUUCCCCAGACCAGGUGAUCCUGACGGAGGUGUACUCUACAGGCUUCCAGCGCUCCUUCUUUGAUGAGGAGGAUCUGACCAGCAUAGCUGAGAAUGAUGUCAUCUACGCCUUCCAGGCUCCGCCCCUGUACAUCAGAGGAGGCUCCGCACGGAUCUCAGGCUACCAUCACAGCCUCCCCUCAUCUCCAUACUCCACUGGUCCCGAAGGUCAGAGGUUACCUUCAUCUGGGACGUUGUCAUCGGAGUUCCUCAACCAAGGCGUCUCUGUAAAGAUUCUGCUGUUGGUGUGCAAUGCUGCGGGGGCCGGCCAACAGGCUGUGAGGUUUGGACCUCCGUUCCUGAUGAGGGAGGACCGAUCCAUCUCCUGGGACCAGCUGCAGCAGAGCAUCCUCAGCAAGCUUUAUUACCUGAUGAUCAAUGGGGCUCAGGCGCAGAAUACCAGAGUGCUGUUCAACAUCCGUGUGGUGGGAGGAUCGUCAUUUUACAGCUACCUGUCUCCUCAGGACGGGCGGCCGCUCUACCACCCCGCUGUCGACAGAGCCCUGAAGCUCUGCUGCUCCGGAGGACCCCCACACGUGAAGCUCAUCAUCGAGUGGGAGCACAGAAUCAAAGACUGCCUGUUUGGUAACAUCCAGGAGGAGGUGGUGAAGGACGCGGACAGCGUGAGGAAUCAGCAGCAGCAGCACGUCCAGCAGUACAGCUGCACGUUGGACGAGUGCUUCCAGCUCUACACCAAAGAGGAACAGCUGGCCCCGGAUGAUGCCUGGAAGUGCCCCCACUGUAAGCAGCUGCAGCAGGGCAUGGUGAAGAUGAGCCUGUGGACGCUCCCGGACAUCCUUAUCCUCCACCUGAAGCGCUUCCGGCAGGUGGGGGAGCGGAGGAACAAGCUCACCACGUUCGUGCAUUUCCCCCUGGCGGGCCUAGACAUGACGCCGCACAUGGUGAGCCGCAGCCACGCCACCCACCAGCCCCCUCUCCAGCCAGGCUGGACGCAGCCCCGGCGGCCUGACCUGGCUCCCCUCGACUUCCUGUACGACCUGUAUGCCGUAUGCAACCACCACGGAGGAAUGCACGGCGGACAUUACACAGCCUUCUGCAGGAACUCGGUGGACGGCCAGUGGUACAGCUAUGAUGACAGCAGUGCCGAGCCGGUGCCUGAAGCAGAGGUGUGCACACGUGGAGCCUACAUCCUCUUCUAUCAGAGGAAAAACAACAUCCCUCCUUGGUCGGCCAGUUCCUCAGUGACCGGUUCCACAAGCUCAUCCACCUCUGACCACUGGCUGGUCCGGCUGGCAGGGGGCAGUAAGAGGGGCAGCGUGGUGUCAGGAGGACCUGGACCUGGACUUGCGGGGCCCAUUCAGGCCCCGGAGUCUCCUGAGCUGCCAGUGUUUGGAGACGAACCCCCCAAAACAAACGGCUUUGCAGCCAAGCCGUUUGUCCCUGGGAGCCGAGGCAGGAGUGUGAGCAUGAGAUCCCCGACUAAGCCCAAGGAGACUCUGAGCAAAGUUCUGCCACUGCGGUGGUCAUUUGUAUCCAAGGACCGCAUUAGACACCCGACCCAGACCCGUCCUGGGGAGCUGGUGGAGUACCUGGAGUCUGGGCGCCGCCCCCGAUGCACCAAAGACCCGAUCAUAACGCUGGUGGCCACCCCCCCACAAAGAAACGCCCCGGGAAGAGCCUUUGACGUCGGACAGGACUGCAGCUCACCGAGCGGCAGCAGCCUCAGCUACACAGACAGAACCGGCUCCGACACGUGUUACUCCCCCAAACUGCCAGAGGGACAGAGCCGGGCUUGUGUGGAGAGAAGCAUGAGCCAGGGACUCGGUAACAGGGACGAUGGCUCUCUGAGGCUGAGGUCAUCUAAGAGAACAAGGCCGGACCACGGCAGGACCCUGGACCUCCAGCUUCAGCUUCAGAGAGGGGCCCUUCUGACGGAUCACAUCAGCCACAGCGCGCCUCAGAGCAGAGAUUCCACAUUGAGAAGGACCAAGGCCCAGACGGGGGUGACUUUCAGGACGCAGAAAGACAUUCAACCUGAGGACAGGAGUGGCCCGAGGGGACAGGAGGGCCGCAGCCACGACAGCCUCCUGUCUUUCUUCAAACCUGGUUUCAUGAGGAAAGUCAUUCCCGGGUCACCAAUCAAGGGGCACGAGCAGCGUGUGAACGGCCAUGGGCACCCGGAGAAGCCGGCGAGCAGUAAUUUAGCCAGACUGUCCCUCUCCAAUGGGACGCUGGCAAGCGCCAGCCCGAGCUGCGACACCCGUAACUGCAAAGUACAGCUGGUCAACGGAAAGGCUGGCGUUCACGACCCCGUGGACAUAAAGCGCGCUCACAGCUCCAGUAACAUCCAGACGAGGCUGGAUUUGACAUUUCGCAGGUGUGCCUCCCUGCAGAGGAACGGAGAAAUCGUGGCCCCGCCGGCCCACCGCGGCCUGCUGUCAGACAAGCCGCGCUACGCCACUCUGCAGCGCACAUGAUGCAGUACCACGUCCCCGGUGCCUCUGUGACAGCCCUGACUGACAGCUGACCACCAGGACCUCUCUACAGACGCC